UUUUUGUUGCCGGGGUGUGUGGUUUACAACUCUCUGAUAACGAUUAGAAAUUUCUGCUGAAGAUGGUGAAACAUUCAAAUAUCCUUGACAAAAGAAAAUGAAAUCGCGAUAGCCUUUAAAAACAAUUACUUCGUUCUUAGUGUUUCUUCCUAUCAAUGGAAGGCUUUGCUAUAAUUCUCCUUUGUUCCUUUAUGUUGUCUAAUCUCACUUUAUCCAUUACAGUGGAAACCUUGAAUUCAACUCAGUCAAUUAGAGAUGGUGAAACGAUAGUUUCAGAAGGAGGAAGAUUUGAGCUAGGUUUCUUUACCCCAGGUUCCAGCAGCAAGAGAUACUUGGGAAUAUGGUACAGGAACAUUUCUGUCCAGACUGUUGUAUGGGUGGCCAACAGAGAAGAACCCCUCCAAGAUUUGUCAGGUGUUCUGAAACUUACCAACCAGGGGAUUCUAGUCCUUCUAAAUCAUGAAGGGAGCACUGUUUGGUCCUCCAACUCAUCCAGGCCUGCCCGCAGUCCAGUUGCACAGCUCUUGAAUUCAGGAAACCUCAUUGUCAAAGAGGAGAAUGAAAACAACCCUGAAAGCUUCUUCUGGCAGAGCUUUGAUUAUCCAAGUGACACAUUGCUACAAGGAAUGAAGCUUGGAAGGAACUUAAUUACAGGCCUGGAUCGUUACCUGUCAUCCUGGAGGAGUCCUGAUGAUCCUUCUCAUGGUAAUUUUACUUAUCGGUAUGAGGUUGGUGGCUUUCCAGAGUGUAUACUGAGAGAGGGUUCAGUUGUGCAAUUUCGUCCUGGUCCCUGGAAUGGUUUGCGGUUUAGUGGAACACCUGAACUAAAACCAAAUUCUUUAUUUACAUUUGGAGUUGUGUUCAAUGAGAAGGAGGUAUAUUUCAGCUACAAACUUCGUAAUAGCUCAACUCUUUCAAUGUUGGUGUUAACUCACGAUGGAUUUUGGCAGCGCCACAAAUGGAUUGAGAGAACAGAACGUUGGGAAGUUUAUGUUACAGUACAAAUGGAUAACUGUGACAAUUAUGCACUCUGUGGUUCAUAUGGUACCUGCACUGCAAGUAACUUCCCAGAAUGCAGUUGCUUGAAGGGAUUUGUGCCAAAAUUUCCAGAAAAAUGGGACAGUAAACUUUGGACAGAUGGGUGUGUUCGAAAGACUCCAUUAAACUGCUCUAGUGAUGGAUUUAUAAAGUACUCUGGAGUAAAGUUGCCAGAUUCACGACAAUCCUCGUUUAACUACAGCAUGAAUCUUGAGCAGUGCAAGAACCUCUGCAAAAAGAACUGCUCAUGUACAGCUUAUGCGAAUUUGGAUAUAAGAAAAGGAGGAAGUGGAUGCUUACUUUGGUUUGUUGACCUCGUUGACAUUAGAGAGUUCACUGAAAAUGGACAAGAAAUUUAUAUAAGAAUGGCUGCAUCAGAACUAGACCAAACUGAGAGCAUUACAUCCAACAAGAAGGAAAGAAUGAGGAUUGCAGUCAUCUGUAUCUUCUCUAUAGCAGUGUUGAUCCUUGGCUUAGCCCUGGUCUUGUAUCUUUGGAGGAAGACGUGCAAUAAAAAACCUGGAUUGCUGACACCAAUUUCUGAAAGAAGUUCUAACAUUAAAAUUCAGAAGGAAGAUCUAGAGUUACCAGAAUUUGACUUAGCCACAAUUGCUUGUGCCACCAAUAACUUUUGGACAGCAAAUAAACUGGGAGACGGUGGCUUUGGAUCUGUCUAUAAGGGUAUCUUGAAGGAUGGACAAGAAAUUGCUGUAAAGAGGCUAUCAAAAAGUUCUAGCCAAGGACUUUAUGAAUUUAAAAAUGAAGUAAUGCAUGUUGCAAAACUUCAGCACCGGAAUUUAGUAAAGCUUUUAGGAUUCUGCAUUCAAGGAGAUGAAAAGAUGCUGAUCUAUGAAUUUAUGCCUAACAAAAGCCUGGACUUCUUUAUUUUUGAUCAAUCUCAAAGCAUGUCACUCGAUUGGCCUAUGCGUUACCACAUUAUCAAUGGAAUUGCUCGCGGGCUUCUUUAUCUCCAUCAAGAUUCAAGACAAAGAAUAAUACAUAGAGAUCUUAAAGCUGGUAAUGUUUUAUUGGACAAUGAAAUGAGUCCAAAAAUUUCAGAUUUUGGGCUGGCUAGAAGUUUUGGAGAAAAGGAAACUACAGCAAAUACGAAGAAAGUGGUGGGAACAUAUGGUUACAUGGCUCCUGAGUAUGCAAUUGAUGGGCUCUACUCCAUUAAAUCAGAUGUGUUUAGCUUUGGUGUGUUGGUGCUAGAGAUAGUGAGUGGGAAGAGAAACAGAGGAUUCUGUCAUCCAGAUCAUCAGCUUAAUCUUCUUGGACAUGCAUGGAGACUAUUUACAGCAGGGGAUUCCUUGGAGUUGAUUUCAUCACCAAUUAGGCAAACAUGCAAUACUUCAGAAGUGUUAAGAUCGAUUCACGUAGGGCUAUUAUGCGUGCAGAAAAGUUCAGAAGAUAGACCAAACAUGUCAAAUGUGGUUCUGAUGUUGGGAAGCCAAGGCCCCUUGCCUCAGCCUAAACAACCAGGUUUUUUCAGUGAAAGGGAUCUGGUAGAAUCUAGUUCUUCAACAACCAGGCACAAACUGCUUUCACCUAAUGAUUACACGGUUACAUUGUUAGGGGCAAGAUAAAUAAAUGUCCUUUCAUGUUAAUUUCAUAGUGCAAGUGAACUCUUGGAAGGGAUUAUGUUGUUGAAAUAUAUUUACUGUCUUUGCGGUGUCUAAGUUUCUUCUAUUCAGUUUCAUGUUCAAAGUUUUUCUUAUAUUUCGUUUUGACUCUUCGUUUAACUGAUUAACAUUUCUUAUUAUAGUUCCAAAAGAAUACUGUCAAAAUUCAUGUUAUCGGACACUAUCAACUAGAUAUCAACACUUGUAUAGUUAUAUUCAUAU